AUGUUUCUCAGCGGGGCGGCUGAGGCUCCUCUGCAGGUCACGCAUACUUUCCUGGGACCUUCUGUGGUCCUGGAAUGUCUGUCAGGCACCCCAUUUGAGCCCUUAGAGUCAGCCUCUGAGAAGCUUCUAACUCUAAAGGUUUUUAUGCCCUCACACCAGAACAAGAGAGAAAGCACCUGCGGUGUCCAACAUAUACUUGUCUUGCUUUCUCUACUUAUUUAUUUUUAUUUACUUUAUUUAUUUAUUUAUUUAUUUUUAGAUGUGUGCAAGACCUUUGGCGGUGGGACCAUAAAGACUUUCAAUGACACCUUGUUCUACGUGAAAUCCACAUGUCCUGUAACAUUGACACACUUCUCUCAUGGGGAGGUCGACUGUUUUAUCUCUGUGCAGCGUGAUCCAACUGGCUUAAUGAAGAAAGUCGAGAUUGUGGUGAAUAAAGUCGCUACCAUCAUUCAGGAUGGCACACUGACUGUACAAGGAAACAGAGUCUCUCUGCCCUAUGACCAGACCUAUCAGAGUGUGUAUACAUUUGGCAUUUACACCAAGCUUAGAAGCAAAGUUCUGCCGCUUUCUGUCAUAUGGUACAGUUUUUCUGAGGGUGUCACUUCACUUUGGGUUCAACUGGACCUGCCAUUAGUGGAUGAGAUGACUGGGAUGUGUGGGAGACUAAACAGUGACGAAAAUAGAGCACAGCUUCUUUAUAGCAAUAUCAUCCGUAAUGAAAACUGUAUAACUGAAGAUAAUACAGAAGUACCUGAUACAAAUAAGAUUUGUAAAAGAUUUAGUUCUGAGGCCAUGGAAUGCGUGGACAGGGAUUUUGCAAAGCUCUGCAAGCAAAACAUCUAUAAUGUACAUAAUCUUGUAAAGUGCUCUUUCUUUGAGGAGUUCCUUCGGCUCUGCAAGGACGUCUUAUUCUUUCCCCCACAAUCAAAAUUGCGAGAAAUAACUAACUGUGCUGAACCUGCAUGUCCUGGAGAUUUGAAAUUUCAGGAUGAAGGUCCUGCUUUUCCUCCCACCUGCUCCAACCCCCAGCUUCAGACAGAAUUCAAUACCAGCACUUGCCUUCCUCAAGAUGGAUUGGUCCUGAACGAUCGAGCUGAAGGUUACCACAGUGUUAAGGUGCAGGACUGCCCUUGUGUGCACAUGAGAGUAACAUAUGCAACAUUUUGCUUUAAUAUUCUUGUUUUAUCGUAUGAUUGGAUCUGGUCUUUUGAGAUGCUGUUUAUAGUGCUUUAUCCUAUCAUCGUACUUUGCCUCUGUUUUUGUCUUAGUGAAUGCAUCAAUGGGAAAUGGAAUUGUUCACCUAACACCUGUGUUCCUCCAUGUGCCAUUGAAGGCUGGUCUGUCACUACCUUUGAUGGUAAACAAUAUUCUCUGCCCGGAAAAUGUACCUAUGUGGCUGCAAUGGGACGCAACUGGACAGUGACCAUCAAGUUUUCUGAUGUGACAAUAGAAAAAAUGUACCUUGAUGUGUUUCAGGUGUGUUUUCUGCUAUAUGAACGUGCUGAUGUUCUUCCUGGACACCGGAGCAUGACGCAAACAUUUUUACCCAAGUCAAGGUUCUUAAGUAAAUGUAUUAGAGUUAUUGUAGCUUGUUACCUGUCUCUUACAUGUAAAACAUUUUCCAUUUCAGAACAUGCCACAGUCUAUUGGCAGUCUUCGAUGUUUGUUAAGGUCCAGACAACUUUUGGAAUGAAGAUGGAAGUCCAAGUUUCUCCUGAAGUUCAAAUAUACUUGUAUUUGCCACAAAGUGUUAAAACUAGAGGUCUUUGUGGAUCAUACAACAACAACACUGAAGAUGACUUCACUUCUAGCAGUGGUAUUGUGGAAAACUCAGCACAGUCUUUUGCUCUAUCGUGGACGCAGGGGGACUGCACACCAAAUACCCCCCAUGUCUGCAUCAACACUGAAAACGAGUUAUUUGCUGAAGAUAAGUGCAGCCAGUUGAGAAACACAAGUGGUGUGUUUGCCCAGUGCCAUGACUAUGUGCCUGUUAACACUUAUUAUGACGCCUGCAUUCAGAGAACCUGCCAGGCUACUUCUGGCUUAGAGGAGCGUGCGUGUGUUGGUCUGGGAAACUACGCUAAAGCCUGUGCCAGUCAGGGCAUCACCAUUGGUGACUGGAGAACAGAAACAGACUGCAGUGAGUCUUUGUUAAUAGUUAAAAAGGGGCACAAUUUAAAUUAUAGGACAUUCUGUCCCAAGCAUAAGAGAACAAAAAGAGUAAUGUGGAAGCAACUAAUGGUUUUUAUAUUGCCUUCUCUCUGUGUUCCAGCUCAUUCCUGCGACAGUAAUCUGAGGUUUGAUUACGCCAUGCGGGCAUGCAAUCGUACAUGCCGCUCAGUGUCUAGUCCUGACCCAACCUGUGACAUGCCAGAUGACCCAGUGGAGGGCUGCGGAUGCCCAUCUGGCACUCACCUCAACACACCACUCAAAUGCAGCCCUCGUGCCCUCUGCCAGUGCAAAUACUCAGGUGGAACAACGCCUCCAGGGCCCGUGGUUAUUGAUGGACGCCAAUGUAUCUCAAUGUGUCAUAUAAAUGUGAGGCCUUUCAAAGUGUUCUUACUUUGUCCUCUAGACUGUAAAAAUGGACAAAUCUGUGUCCAUUGUGCACAAACAUCAGUUAACACAGCACAAAGGACAUGUGAAAGCCUGAGCAAGCCAUCUAGUGAUGAUGACAGCUGCAUGAGUGGCUGUUACUGUCCAGAGGGCCAGUAUGCGGACCAUAAUGGUAGCUGUGUGACCAAAGAGAACUGCACAUGUGAAUUCAGUGGGAUGGUUUAUGCAUCUGGGCAGAGAGUGGAAUCAAACUGUCAAAUAUGCACUUGCAGAGGAGGCCAGUGGAAUUGUCAAGGGGAUACAUGCCCAGGAGUGUGCGAAGUGUUUGGCAAUGGACAAUAUAAGACCUUCGAUUCCAAAUGGUAUCGCUUCGACGGCCACUGUCAGUACACACUGGUUGAGGGCGCUGGCACCAAAGGGCAGUUUUCCAUUAAAGCAGAGAGUGUGCCUUGCUGUGAUGAAGUUCUAACCUGUUCCCGCUCCAUCUCAGUGACACUCAAGGUUGAACAACAGAAUGAAGUGACUCUAAUCCUGCAUAAUAUGAAUGUAACUCAGAAGCUCCAAGAAGGGUUGCGUGCCCAGUCACUGUACUCUGUCCACACUGUGGGUCUGUAUAUCAUUAUCUCUUCGACAAAACUGGGCCUCACUGUGAUUUGGGACAAGCAAACCAGAGUCAAAAUUGAGUUGCAGACCAACUGGAAUGGUAAAGUGCAGGGCCUGUGUGGUGACUUUGAUGGGAAGUUAAUGAAUGAUAUGCUGAAGAGCAAUUCCUCUCUAGUGGUCAGCACACUGGAUUUUGGGAACAGCUGGAAGACAGCUGUACCCCCUUGUUCAGAUGUGACCAAGGAAUUGUUUCCCUGUGAACACCACUCAUACUGUGCUGCUUGGGCGCAGAGACGCUGCAUGAUUUUACACAGUGACACAUUUGAAGCCUGCCACCUAAAGGUUGAUCCAGCACCUUAUUACCAGGCCUGUAUUCUGGAGUCAUGCUCCUGUGAUUUUGAGGGCAAGUUCCUGGGAUUCUGCACAGCUGUGGCAGCAUACGCUGAUGCCUGCACAACCCAAAAUGUCUGUAUCAAAUGGAGAACUCCAGACCGGUGCCCGGUCUAUUGUGACUAUUACAAUGAAGAGAGUCAGUAUAGCUGGCAUUAUGAGGCAUGUCCUAAAGAAAUUGAGACUUGUGGGAAAAACAACAAAUUCUCUGGAAAGCUUGAAGGUUGUUACCCACGGUGCCCUACUGAGAUGCCAUAUUAUGAUGAGAACAGAAGAAUUUGUUCCAGUUUGGACAACUGCACCUGUUACUUCAACAACACUGUGGUCGAACCUGGUGCGACAGUGACACCAAGUGAAUGUACUUGCAUUGGAGGGCAAAUUAUUUGCGAAACAACCACAACUCCAGAAACAACUACAACUACAAUUACAGAAACUACAACUCCAGAAACAACAACUACAAUUACAGAAACUACAACUACAACCACAACUACAGAAAGCACAACUCCAGUAACCAUAACCACAACUCCAGAAACAACCACUACAGAAACCACAACUCCAGAAACAACAACUACAAUUACAGAAACUACAACUCCAGAAACAACAACUACAGAAACCUCAACUUCAACUACAACCACAACUACAGAAAGCACAACUCCAGUAACCAUAACCACAACUCCAGAAACAACAACUACAAUUUCAGAAACUACAACUCCAGAAACAACAACUACAGAAACCACAACUUCAACUACAACCACAACUACAGAAAGCACAACUCCAGUAACCAUAACCACAACUCCAGAAACAACAACUACAGAAACCACAACUCCAGAAACUUCAACCGCAACUCCAGAAACAACAACUACAAUUACAGAAACUACGACUCCAGAAACAACUACAGAAACCACAACUUCAACUACAACUACAGUUACAACCACAACUACAGAAAGCACAACUCCAGUAACCAUAACCACAACUCCAGAAACAACAACUACAGAAACCACAACUCCAGAAACAACAACUACAAUUACAGAAACUACAACUCCAGAAACAACAACUACAGAAACCACAACUACAACUACAACCACAACUACAGAAAGCACAACUCCAGUAACCAUAACCACAACUCCAGAAACAACAACUACAAUUACAGAAACUACAACUCCAGAAACAACAACUACAGAAACCACAACUACAACUACAACCACAACUACAGAAAGCACAACUCCAGUAACCAUAACCACAACUCCAGAAACAACAACUACAAUUACAGAAACUACAACUCCAGAAACAACAACUACAGAAACCACAACUUCAACUACAACCACAACUACAGAAAGCACAACUCCAGUAACCAUAACCACAACUCCAGAAACAACAACUACAGAAACCACAACUCCAGAAACUUCAACCGCAACUCCAGAAACAACAACUACAAUUACAGAAACUACGACUCCAGAAACAACAACUACAGAAACCACAACUUCAACUACAACUACAACUUCAGUUACAACCACAACUACAGAAAGCACAACUCCAGUAACCAUAACCACAACUCCAGAAACAACAACUACAAUUACAGAAACUACAACUCCAGAAACAACAACUACAGAAACCACAACUUCAACUACAACUACAGUUACAACCACAACUACAGAAAGCACAACUCCAGUAACCAUAACCACAACUCCAGAAACAACAACUACAGAAACCACAACUCCAGAAACAACAACUACAAUUACAGAAACUACGACUCCAGAAACAACAACUACAGAAACCACAACUACAACUACAACCACAACUACAGAAAGCACAACUCCAGUAACCAUAACCACAACUCCAGAAACAACAACUACAAUUACAGAAACUACAACUCCAGAAACAACAACUACAGAAACCACAACUUCAACUACAACCACAACUACAGAAAGCACAACUCCAGUAACCAUAACCACAACUCCAGAAACAACAACUACAGAAACCACAACUCCAGAAACUUCAACCACAAUUCCAGAAACAACAACUACAAUUACAGAAACCACAACUCCAGAAACCACAACUCCAGAAACUUCAACCACAACUCCAGAAACAACAAUUACAGAAACUACAACUCCAGAAACAACAACUACAGAAACCACAACUUCAACUACAACCACAACUUCAGUUACAACCACAACUCCAGAAAGCGCAACUCCAGUAAUCAUAACCACAACUCCAUCAAUAACCCCAGAUUGCAAGAAUCCACAGGACAACAAAACAUGGCCAGAUGGUGCCAAAUGGACUAAGGACUGCAUCAAUUAUGCUUGCAACAAUGGUAGUAUUCAGAUGACAUCUGUGACAUGUCCAACUCCAGUCAUUCCAGUGUGCCCCAGAGGAACUCCAGCGAUGGUAAAAGAUGGCUGUUGUUACACCCAGCGAUGUUACUGUCGAUGUGAUGUCUACGGAGACCCACAUUAUGUUACCUUUGAAGGAACAAACUUUGACUUCCUAGAAAACUGUACAUAUAUUCUGGUGGAGGAAAGGACUUCACGUCACCAUCUCAGAAUCAGUGUUGAUAAUUAUUACUGUGAACCAUCUGCUUCCUGUGUCAAGGGCAUCAUUCUGAAGUACCGUAACAGCACAGCAAUACUAAAAGUGCUUCCUGAAAAACUGCCCAUAGUAGAGGUUACUCUGAAUCAUGUAACAAUAAAACCACCUUAUCAAGCAGAUGGACUUAGGUUUGAGAGCAUAGGUACAAUGGUUUACAUUUACAUUGAUGAGAUCCGCUCAUACAUUUUUCUCAGUGCAAAGAGCACACUGCAGAUCAACCUGGCAGAGGAGAACUUCUUUAAUAACACACAGGGACAGUGUGGUGUUUGUGGAGGUGUCUCAUGUAUGCGCAGGAAUGGUUCAGUUGAGCGUAAGAACUGCUGUGAUAAGACUGCAUAUGAGUGGGUAGAGGAUGAUCCACUGAAACCAUACUGUAAACCACAGAAUGUGUCCUGUGACACAAUAUUACCAACUAGUUCUCCAACACCACCAUGCAAGGCUCCUCUCUGUGACCUCCUCAGAAACGAACUGUUCAGAAACUGCAGUAAGGGCAUUGAUGUGGAGAUGCUGGUGCGUAACUGCGAGUUUGAUUAUUGUCAGACCCAUAAAAACGACACUGUGUGCUCCCCACUAGAAUUUCUAUCUGAUGAAUGUAAGAAGAAGGGCUUCUGUGUGGCCUGGAGAAAGCUCACCAAUGGAAUUUGUGACAUCACUUGUCCUAAAGGAAUGAUUUAUGAUGAAUGCCGGAAAACUCCAGCUGAUUUCUGCAGUGGCAAUGUGCGCGUUCCAGGGCCAGUUUUCGAUACAAUGAGACCUGGUUGUUUUUGCCCAGACAACCAACUACUUGCUGACCCACACAAAGAGUUCUGUGUACCUGAAUGUACCAACUGUAAAGGCCCACUGGGAGAACCCAUGCCGGUUGGGGCAGUAUGGGAGUCAAAUUGCCACAUGUGCACAUGCAAUAAUCAGACUCGGACAGAAGAAUGCACGCCAAAACCUUCACUUCCACCUCCCACAUGCAUUCCUGGCUCAGCACUCAUCUCUGACUGCUGCAACAACCAGAUAUGCGUUGAGAAGACUUGUAAAUACAAUGGAAGAACAUAUAAGGUGGGUGAAACAUGGAGGAACCCCCGGAGCCCUUGUGAAACAUUUCAUUGUACAACAGAAGGUACUGAAAUAGAGAAGAGUGUAUGUCCACAGCAGACCUGUCCUGAGGAACUCCGUGUUUGGGAUGAACAUCAUUGCUGCUAUUCAUGUAACACAACGUGUGGAGUCAGACUGUCCAAAAUGACUGUUGAGAACUGCACUCCGGAGGUGAUGCUGCCCACCUGUGAAGGCAACUGUGCUUCAGGCUCCCUAUGGGCGAGGUCUGGGAAAGAUUUGCAGUUGAAGCAUAAUCAGGUCUGCUGCCGAGAGAAAACCUCAGAGAUGAGAAAUAUUUAUCUGGUCUGCAGCGGAGACACAGCCACACAGUACACUUACAAACACAUCACCAGCUGUGAGUGCCAGAGUGAAGUCUGAAACCUCGAAAGAUUUACAAUGUAACUGUAAUGCUCAAAGAACCAGGUGUUUACACCUACAAUUCAUUCAUAUAUUGGUGGUGCGAUUUGAUUUGCAUGGUUUGUUAUUUUCCAUAUGGUCAGUGCAUUGUGAUUGAAGAUUUGAAUUUUUUAUUUUUUUGGUAAUAUCUGGUGUUUUCUGCUUUCUACUGUGAAUGUCCAGUACCAAAAAUAUAUUGAUUCCCUGUGAGAUGUUUUUCUUUCAUUACAUUUUCCAAGUCAUUUGAAUAAAUACUAAAAUUCAAGAAAAUCAGGUUUAAAUGGUAAUCUAAUAUAGCUAUCAAAGUCCUUGACUAUUUGCUUUUUGUUUCUUUCUUUUCAAGAAUGGUGGUAAAUGAUCAUCUAAUGCCUGACAUAUACAUAUGAUAUAAUCAGUAAAUAAAGAUAUGCAAUAUACUGUGUUGUUAUUUCAUUUUCUGGUCAACAUUUUUAAAAUAUAAGAAGCACAAUUACUGGUCUGACAGCCUUGAAGUUUUAUAAUAUGUUAAUAGCAUGUUAUAAAACAGUUAGUUCCAGCCAACUAAAUUGAUUGGACAAGUGGUGUUCCAAGAGUGCUGAUAUUUAGUAAUAACCACACUGGUACAUUUCACUGUUUGCAUCGCUCAACUUGUGUGUGUUCGUUAUAUAUAAAAUUCCAAUUCUAGCAAUAGUUCAUUACAUUUAAAGUGAUAUUGACUCUGAAAUGUCAGUUAAGCAAUAUUAAUUUCUUAUUUAUAGAACUGUUGUAUAAAAGCAAUA